AUGGCCGGGUCUCCUGCACUGCUCCUCCUGCUCAGCCUGGGGCUCUGUGAGUAUGGAAGCGGGAAGGAUGGAAUUCACAGCUGCUCAGUGACCGUGCAGGGAAGCGAGAACGGCUGCACCAUCACCCAGGGACAGAAGAACACAAUGGAGGCCAGGUUCCUCAACAGGAACAUAAAGCACCCCAUAGAGGGACAGCGGCUGGAGCUGGAGUGCCUGCAUUACGAGAGAAACAGACCCAUCUUCUGGAUCCGCCUGGACAAGAGUGAGAACCUUCACUUCCUUGCCUCCAGCACCCGUUCUUAUUCCACCACAUUGCAGGAGGGUGAGAAAACAUCUCCAAACUUUGAGGCAUUAUGGAGAGGAAACUCCUAUCGACUACUCGUGAAGUCCUUCAGGGCACAGGACGAGGGGAUCUAUUUCUGCAUCAACUACAUCAACCCAGUGCUGCACUUCAGCUCGGGACAACCCGCCUUCUUCCCAGUCACAACUAAAGCAGCACCCACCACACCCGCAGCCACCACCCCCAGCAGCCAGGCCACCAAGAAGGACAACUCACAACAGAGUCCGGAUUCAGCAGAACCCAUCACAACCACUGCCAUCACACGGAGCAGCCAGGUCACCACAAAGGACAGCCCACAGCAGGGCUGAGAUGCAGGAACAAGCAACGAGAACACACUGCAUUUCUGCUAUGAUGUGGUCAUCUGGGUUAACCUGGCUGGUGCCUGCCUCCUGCUCCUCACUGCCAUAACCAUCACCAUCACGCACUGCCAAAGACCAAGCUCACCGUAAGCAAGCAGUGCUGCGUCGCUGCUCAGCAGAAGGCACACAGGCGUCCUCCUCAAGCACCGCACGGAUCCCAUCAGCAACACACACAGCUGCCCUGAUGCAGCGCGGGCAUUUGGCUGCUCCUCCUGUGCUGCCCACCAGCACUGCACACCUCCCGCGGCCUGACAUGUGCUCCUGCCCCACACUGCUGGGACACACCCAGACCGCGGGGGACAGCGCUGACUCUAAGAAGCCGGGCAGCUCUGUGCCACUGUUGAAAAUAGCCACCGAUAAUUCCACAAGAUGAGGAACAAGGCAAACAUUUCCACAACUUGACCCCAAUGCCCCAAGCUGCCUGUUCUAAUGAUUCUCUGUUCAAUGAAUAUAGUUUUUACUCUUUC